AUGCCAUCAGCUGUUACUAAGAUUGAAGGCAAUUGGAAAAUUAUCGAUUAUCCCAAGCAUCCUGAAUGUAUGGAUUGUAAAAUUAAUAUAAAAGGUCAUGGUUUAGAUCCAAAUAUGUUUAAACUUCAUAUACAUUUAAUUAAUGAUUUGAGUUGUAUUUUGGAACAUAAUUCUAAAACUCAAGUAUGGAAAAUAUCGAAUUUUUUUUCAACAAAAUUAAUUGGUACACGAGAACAAAUAGCUAAAGAAUAUGAUUUAAGAAAAGUCAUUACUUCUUUACAAAAAUUAACAGUUAAUAAUGAAAAAGAAUUAAUUAUGAAAACAAAUUUUGGUGAACAAAUUCGAUUAGAACGUUUACCAUAA